AUGGAUGUCAAAAAUGCCUUCUCGAAUGGAGAUCUUCAAGAAGAGGUUUAUAUACAGCCGCUUCCUAGCUAUACUCAUUUGCCCAAUAAAGUCUAUAAGCUUCAUCGGGCCCUCUAUGGCCUCAAACAGUGGUUUUCUAAAUUCAGUUUUACUGUUCAAGCAUUUGGCUUCUCCACUAGCUCUUAUGAUUCUACCCUCUGCAUCCAUAAGUCUCAGUAUGGUCAUGUCUUCUUCUCCUUUAUAUGGGCUAGACUCACUAACAGUAAGACUGUUUCUACUCCUCUCAAACCAAAUGUUUGCCUUACACCCUUGGAUGGUACACCCCUUCCCGAUGCUAACAUGUAUCGACAAUUAGUUGGUAGUCUUGUUUAUCUCACUGCCACUCGCCCAGACAUUGCGCAUGUCGUUAAUCUGGUUAGCCAGUUCUUGUCAGCUCUUCGAUCCAUACAUUAUGCUGCGAUGCUUUGUGUCCUCCGCUAUGUUAAGGGUACUUUAUUUCAUGGUCUUCAUUACUCCUCCCAAUCUGCACUAUCAUUACGUGCCUAUUCUGAUGCUGAUUGGGUUGGAGAUCGUACUGAUUGCCAUUCUACUACUAGGUUUUGCUUCUUCUUAGGGAACUCUCUUAUUUCUUGGCAUAGAAAGAAACAAACCUUGGUAUCUCGCUUGAGUACUAAAUUUGAAUAUCGUGCUCUUGUUGACUCUACUUAA